UUGUAUGCCAGCACUGGCGCCUCUUGGACGACUCCUCCACCAAGGUAUCACGGUGGACGGGCAUUGGACCCCGAGUUUUCUCUCAGAGCAGCACUUGAUCUCCCCGAAGCGUGAGUGAUGGUCUUUUUCGCACGCCAAUGCUGCCAAGUGAAGCGCAAGGCAGGCUAAAUGCAGAGAAUCUACACCAAUCAGCACGCAUCCACAGAUGCGCCCGCGCUGCUUCCCCGCAAAGGGCCUUGGGCCAGUUUCUCGUGUCUGGUUUGGUUUCGCUUUUUCCCCGGCGUUCCAUUCAACCCCAGCAAUUCCAGACCCUGGGUUGCUACCCCAUCCGACUCGCCAUCCUCUUACUGGCGAGGACCAGUUUCUGUGGGGCAUCUGGCUCCAUUUCCCCGGUUGUUAAUUUGUUCUCACCACGGCGUGACCUCCUUUUGCUGACCUUCCCUGCAACAUGGUCAACACUCGCCCUUGCCCAGACGGGACUUGACGCGCCAUCUCUUCCUUUGAGAGCUCACUGGCCCGGCUGAUGCUGGCUUGAUGCCAAGUUUGCCUGAACAUGGGGUGUCGCCAUCUGCCUUGACCCUGGGAUUCGUGGAAUCUAGUUUCUGCGUUCUCUCCAUGGUUUCUCCGUCAACAGUCUCUCAUGAUGCCUCGAAAUCAAAGACCGACGUUAGCAUUGACUUGGUAUCGUUGGUCGGUCGGUUAUCCAGCGUGGUUCGCCUCGAAUCCUAUAACUACCCGGGCCGACCCCCUGGCUGUGAGAAGUUUGACACUGGGCCUGAUAUCCUAUCUGACCUGCGUUGACUGAGAGUUCAGAGGCACACUGUGAUUGCUGAGAACCUGCUACGCAAGCACAUUAGGAUCUGACAACGCUACCCAAGCCAGACACCUUUCCUCCACUUGAUUUGUGAUUACGCCUACACAGACAUCCACAACUCGCAACCAUGUCUUUCCUUCUCAAGAAGCUCGUCCACAAUGACGCGAUGCGAACGGAUCCCCCCGAGAUCUACGGAUGGAGGGUGUAUGCUCUAGCAUGCUCGGCCUGUUUUGGAGGUAUGCUGUUUGGAGUUGAGACUGGAAUUAUCGGCGGUGUCCUUACCAUGGAGCCGUUCAAAGAGUACGUGGUGCUUCCCUUCAUGCCAUGCUUUGCUAACAGGCUUGACUAGGAAAUACGGACUGAGCAACAAGAGUGACAAGGAGCGCGCUGAUCUCUCCGCCAAUAUCGUGUCUACUCUCCAGGCAGGCUGCUUCUUCGGUGCCUUGGCAGCUUCUUUCGUUGCCGAUAGGUUCGGAAGAAGACUCGGUCUGAUGACCGCCUCCUUCGUGGCCAUUCUUGGUGUCAUCAUGCAGGUCGCCGCCAGCGGCCACCUGGAAGCUAUGUAUAUCGGACGUCUGCUCUGCGGUAUCGGUGUCGGUUUCGCCUCCAUGGUCAACCCGCUAUAUGUCUCUGAGAAUGCCCCGCGAGCCAUCCGUGGCGGUCUCACCGGUCUCUACCAGCUCUUCAUCACAAUGGGAAUUAUGCUUGCCUUUUGGAUCAACUACGGCUCGCUCCUUCACAUUAAUGGCACGGCACAGUACCUUGUUCCUCUUGCCAUGCAGGCUCUCCCUGCCAUCCUCCUCUUUAUUGGUAUGCUUCUGUGCAACGAAUCUCCUCGCUGGCUUGCCAAGCAAGAUCGCUGGGAGGAAGCGCGUGCAACUCUCUCUAGCGUCCGCAAUCUCCCAUCGACACACCCUUACGUGGAAGAGGAAUUCCAGGACAUCGUCCGCCAGCUUGAGUUCGAGCGUCAACUUGUUGGCGGUUCCAGCUUCUUGGACCUUCUCAAGGAGAUGUUCUUGAUUGCCGGUAACCGCAAGCGUGCCCUCAUCAGUAUCUUCCUCAUGGUUUGCCAACAGAUGACUGGAACGAAUGCAAUCAACUACUACGCUCCUCAAAUUUUCGAAAAUUUGGGUAUUACUGGUAGCUCCAACGGUCUUUUUGCCACUGGCGUUUAUGGUAUUGUCAAGGUCGUCGGCUGUGCGUUCUUCCUGGUCUUUGUCGCCGACUCCCUUGGCCGUCGCCGCUCUCUCCUCUGGACCUCCAUUGCUCAAGGUCUAACCAUGAUGUACAUUGGUCUCUAUGUACGCAUCGCACCUCCCCAGGAAGGCGAGCCCGUGAUUCCCGCUGGUUACGUUGCCCUUGUGUGCAUCUUCCUCUUCGCCGCCGUCUUCCAGUUCGGCUGGGGUCCCGUCUGCUGGAUCUAUGUUUCUGAGAUCCCGACAAUCCGGCUCCGCAGUCUGAACGUCUCGUUUGCUGCUGCCACACAGUGGCUCUUCAACUUUGUGGUUGCCCGCGCUGUGCCGAAUAUGUUGGCAACUGUUGGUGCCAAUGGAUAUGGAACAUACCUUAUCUUCUCCUGCUUCUGUCUCAGCAUGUUCUUCUUCGUCUGGUUUUUCGUCCCAGAGACAAAGGGUGCGUUACUUCUCUUCUAUAUGAUUCUACAUGCCAUAACAGCAUUCCACUCUUGUACAAUCAGACUGACCAAAGAUCUUCUUCAUACAGGUCUCUCCCUCGAGAAGAUGGACGAACUCUUCGGCGUCACUCACACAAACAACACCAAGGAGCACCCCGACGACACCCCCAGCACCCCCACGGAAAAGUCCGAGGAGGUUCGCAUCGAGAAGACGGUAUAGAAGCCUCCGCGGCCUCACCUGGUUGCUUUAGGCCUUUAUCUCUACUUUCUCCAAGGGAUAUGAUCUGUUUUUGUCUCGCAUGUUUUAUGAAUACCCAGCUGUGCCCUCUUAGUUGCCAAUGGCCCAGUUGAGCGGCUAAAGGGCCGGCUGUAUCAGAUGGAGGGGCUACUUAUUGAUAAAGCAGUAUGUAGCAGCUGUAAUGAAUCACUAAUUUGUCAUUUCGGUUUAGCGGUGUAUAUGGCAACCUAUUUUGUAGCCCACUCCGCAAAAAUGGAAUUUGACUUUACCACGAGUGCAACCGCCACUAGAAUUAAAGUCUCCUUCCUGAUUAGGAAUCCGCGUAAUUACCGCAAGCAUUCUAAGGCUUUAAGCAGCCAGGCAUGGCCAUGGUGAUAAAACUCCAAGGUCAAUUAUUCAUGUCGUUAGCCUAUAAGUCAU